UGAUUACUGUUUUAGUUUAGUUAAAUGUCUCUAAAUCAUCUACUACAAAGCCAGCUGAUCUUCUCAAUUUACAAUUAGUGGAAGACCACGAGUUUUUAAAAUACUCGAAUUGUUAUAUAAAAUUUUAUUUUCUAUAAAAAAUAAUCAUAAAAAUGUUUAAAAACAAUAUAAGUUGUUUGAUAAAAUUCAUUCCGGGUUGCUUUGAUAAAGUUUCGGCUGUGCGUUUCCCUCAGAUCACACAACGCCAUAAGUAUGCUUCUUUUAGUGCAAGAGACGUGUUGCAUGAAACCUCUGACGAAGCUGGCACUCUUACAGCUACUUUUGCUAAGUAUAUUGCUAUCAAAAGGCAUAAAGAUGCCGCACAAACUCCUACAACAAUACGUUAUGCCGAUUAUUUUCCUAUCGCAGACAUAAGAAGUUUUCAACGCGAACUACAAAAAACCCCAGCAGAUCAAGUGGCCGCACUUGUUAUAUUUACUUCAACGUAUCGUCCAAAUGCAGAGCCACAAACAUAUGCCAAGGUUCUGAACGAUAUAGAUUCAAUAGCAGUGAAAUUGCUGCCACAAAUGCACGAAGAUGUCGUGCUUCGUACUUUAUAUGCCUUUUUGUUUUUAAUGCCUAACUGGAUAACACGUCUUGAUUUCUAUAAAGCAGCUCUGAAUCGUCUAGCCACCAACAAUGAGCAGCAUAACGAAUCAACCAAUAAGUCUCUGGAGAAUUUUGUUCAGUGCUGCUUUUAUCUUGGACUUAGUAAGAAAAACAUGUCAGCAAAGGCCAAUGCUUCCGAGCUAUUGCAAAAUCUCUUAAAACAGAGAUUGGAUAUCCAUCUAGAUAAUAUGCAUACGCUUGAUUUUGCUAUUAUUUGUAAUGCCAUCUAUAAAACAGCCACUUCAGUAAACUUUGGCAAAUUUAACCAACGCGUUAUUAAAGAAGUGCUAAAAUUAGACAUCGGCCAUGGUCAAGAUGGCAUUCUAAUAAACUAUUUGAAACUAUUACGUUUUCUACGUGUACGUUCCGCGACUGUUUGUGAAUAUUUAACUGCAAUCUGUAAAAAUUCUGACAGCUUGGCAAAGCUACAGAUUAGAGGACAAGUACAUUUAUUUGCCUAUUUAGCGGAAUGUUUGUGGGACAAUGAGGAGUGCUCGAAGCCGAUUAUAGAACUCUUUUUCAAAAACCUUUUGCAACCGAGAAGAUUUGAAUUUCAUUCUGAAGCUGUAAGAAGUAAAGAUCUUUGCACAUUUUUAUGGUGUUGUGCCCAAAUGAACUGUCCUCUUACGUCUGAGCAAUUGCGACAUGUUGAAAAUCAUUUAUUUGAUAAAUUGAAACAAGGCGAAUUUGAAAAUUACCCGGAUCAACUUGUGGAUUGUUGUCUCUCCUUGUGGAUUUUGGGAUAUAAAUCUAAGGAAUUAUUAGAGCGAUCUUUACAUACAAAAUCAACAGCAAAAUCAUCCAAGCGAGCACAUCCAAAGGUUGAUAAUCGUCUUACCGUACUAAUGUCGGCGUCUCAAAUCGAACAGCCAUCAUGGUGUUUCGAACUUUUAAAAGGAUUUAAAGCUUAUGACAUCGAUGACAAAGUACCGAAUUAUUUACUUAAGUGUUCUGAUUUUGAUUUAAAAGAACUCUCUCUAAAAUGGUCGCAAGAAGGUAGCGUUGAAACGGCGCAAAUUGUUUGCCCGAUAGCUGGAAUAAACAUUCCAUCCAUUCAUAUAAAAACUCGGUCGCCGGACAGCAAAAUCUCUGAUAGCAAGGUCCUAGUGGAGUUGCUGUCCGAAUCUCAAACUUUGCACUUUAGCAAAGAACCGAUUGCAAUAGUUCGCCUAAAAUUACGUCUUCUACAAGCAUUAAACCAAAAGGUCGCUAUGAUUACGACUAAAGAUUUAUCUGAAAAUCUUAACAUUAAAGAUAUCGUAGACAAUGCGAAUGACGAGAAGAAUUUGAUGGAACAAAAAACGAAUAGUAUUCAAGUAUGAAAACACAAUCACUUUCAUCAAAUAUAUGGUUCACUUCAAAUAAUUGGUAUGAAUAAGGUUU